AUGAAGAGGUGGAAUAUUGUGAUAUGGGUUAAUGAACAGGCAGAUGGUGUGGAGGUUGGUCAAAACAAUGAAGAUGAAUCUAAUGAGGAUGAGGAUUAUAUGUAUAGUUUUAGCAGCGAAGAUGAAGAUUGGAAUGUGAAUAAUGGUGAUGGUGGGUUAGUAGAUGAAACAACUUUGAGGAAUAAGCAUGGAAAUCGAAGUGAUGAUGGCUUAAGUGACUACUCUUCUAAUGAUGACUGUGGCUAUUCAUCAAGUGAUUGUGAUGAAGAUGGAAAGGGAGAUAAUGUAGAAGAAGAUGAUGGAGAAGAAGGGUAUUAUGGGAAGGGGUUGAAAGGGGUAAUUAAACGGGCUAUUGGACAUAAGCCAAAGAGGUCACAGUUGUACAGGACAAGGGGGAAGGCAAUGGAUGAAGUUGAGGGAAAUCAUGCUGCCUUAUAUGGGUUAUUGCCACAAUAUGCAAAUGAAAUCAGAAAAUAUAAUCCAGGCAGUACCAUUUUUGGGGUUGGAUGGCUGUCAUUUGAAGGGGCCAUAUGUGGUGUACUAUUGGCAGCCAUUGCUUUGGAUGCCAAUAAUGGGUUAUUUCCUGUGGCAUUUGGUGUGGUGGAGAGUGAGAGGAAAGACAGUUGGAAAUUUUUUUCACAGCACUUGAGCACUGUUAUUGAGGCAGAUACACUUGAUAAGCCUUGGACCUUCAUGUCAGACAUGCAAAAGGGUCUUGACCAAGCAUUAGUUGAAACCAUUCCUCAAGCUACCCAUAGAUUGUGUUGUAGGCAUUUGUAUAAUGCAUUUAAGAGAAAACAUCUUGGUCUAAUGCUACAAAAGAAAUUUUGGAAGCUAUAUGCAUUCAAUCCAGAUGUGAAGAAUGAUCAUGUGACCAACAACAUAAGUGAGAACUUCAAUAAUUGGGUGGGUGAUCUCAGGAUGAAGCCUUUACAUUCAUGCUUAGAUGGAAUUAGGGCAAAAAUGAUGGAAAGAAUUCACAAAAGUUACGAACAAGGUUGCACUUGGCAAGGAUUAGUUACACCCAAAGUAAAAAAGAAGUUAAACAAUGUUAUUGCGGAGGGAAGGGGUUUUUCUGUGUUGGUUACUGGUAGGGGAGAGUUUGAAGUCACAGAUGAGACAUGUAGACAUGUUGUUAAUUUUAAUGCAAGAACAUGUGACUGCAUGGGUUGGCAAAUCGCAGGCUUACCUUGUAAGCAUGCAGCUGCUGCAAUAUGUUACAACAGAGAAAAGAUUAAGGCUUUUUGUGAUUCUUCUUACACUAUUGACACAUAUAUGAAGAUACAUGAAGGGAUUAUACAUCCUAUACCUGACCAACAACUGUGGCAGCCAUAUACUGGAAUACUAUUGGAACCGCCGCCUCCUAGAAGAUUACCUGGAAGGCCUAGGAAGAAUAGAAAGAGAGAUACUGGUGAAGCCCCCAAGGUGGUUAAGAGGAGUUACGCUCUUAGGUGCAUGCUUUGCCAAAGGACAGGGUACAAUAAAAGAACUUAUCAAAGGGCUCCAACUAGAAGGGAACUGCAAGAAGAAGUUGCAAGAGAAAAUGGAGGAGAGUCUGUAACUCCAAGUUCAAUAUGUAAAGUUAGUCAAGGGGCAUCUCAACCAAGGCAAACCACACAACAAAGAGGAAAAUCACAAAGACGAAGUGGUUCUGUUGUUCCAACUACAAACAAAGAUAAAGAGAAUGCAUGUCCAUCAAAUGCACAAACAAGAGGAAAAGGGCCACAAAUUGGUUUACCACAAACAAGGAAAUACAUACCUGUAUUUGCUUAA